AUGUCAGAAGUCCAAAUCACAGUUAACAUUCCUACUCCCAUUUUCUUAUUUCCAGCUUCUUCCUCUCGAUCCGUAUUAAGACCUAGGGUCUUGCGUCUAUCCCAUAAUCAGGAUACGAGGUCUGGUCCGUCUACCCCAUCGGUCGGGGGUUUCGGUUUGGACGGCGGUUCUUCGGAUAUUGCCAUUGGUCGAACUCGCCAAUCUCCACGAACGGAUGAUAUUCGAUGGAGGGACACUCUAGCUCAACGGGGAAACAAUGUUAACGGGCGAGAGAACUCUCAUACUGCUGGAAGAGGAUUCACUCCCGAUCUUGGACGGGAAAACCUCAACGGGAACGGUCCGAGUACACAUAUUCAAGAAGGUUACUAUAAACCUGAAAUCGAUGAUACCAUCAUUCGUGGUGAGAUCACUCUUACCUACCUUAUCCCUCCUCGUAAACCAUCAUCUCAUAUUUCUACUUCUUCACAAUCUUCCCGAUACCAUAACACUUCUCAUCUCAACUCGACUAUCCCACCUGGAUAUUCUCAAUCCAAGAAUAUCUCUAUCAACCAGACCAGACCUCAUUCAAAAUCAAUCUCUUUCCCUCCUUCUCACCACAAUACUACUACUCAAUCCCAAUCUCGAUCUAGACCCGCAACACCUAAAAGUCCCAAAACAUCUUUCACUCCACUCUCCAAACCGAGACACUUCUCUGAUCAAAAUGGACAAGACGAAUCGAAAACCAUAGGCCCUAUCAGACUUUUAUACCAAGUCACACGUCAAACUCGUCGUCCGACAAAAGAAGGACAACUUUAUUGGUCUUCCAAGUCCAUCCUCUACACUAUCACUUUACCCAUAACAUCCCAUAAUAUCUGUCUAGUGACAGGACAGAAGAAGAAUUUGGGUUUCACAUUGAAUUUACCUUCGGUUUUGCCUCCAAGUUUGGAAGGUCCGUUGGAGAGGAUAAUACAUUGUGUGUAUGUUGGUAUAGGGGAGACUUUACCUGAUUAUCCUAUCCCUAUUCCUAUCUCCACACCCACACUCACGUCUACACACGUAUCCGACAUCCCAGCUUCACCAUGCGUCUUAGGAUCAGGCGAAAGGCCGAGUGAUGUAUACGCUCCGGACGGUGAUUCUGAACCUUCUACAAGAAGAGACAGCGAGUUUUGUUCAAUCGCUCGUCAAGGAGACAGCUAUUCUUCUUCGCACGAUACCGUCAGGAGAAAAGGCGAAGAUUUUACACAAGACGACGGACAGCAAAGUGAUGGUCAGAAUGUGCAUGAUGACAAGGGAGAGAAUGACGAUCUCAAUCUCUCCAGUAGGAAUCAAAGCGACGUUUCCCUAGCCACUUAUAGAAUGCCCAUAGAAGAAGAUCCACCAGGUUACUUUGAACCUGAUUUUUCACCUUAUCCCACUCGUCCACAUACGCCCAACACACCGACUUCUACUCCCGUGGACACUGGAGAUUCUUCUAACAUGUACAUGAGGAGAUCUUCAUUAUCACCUUUAUCGUCACUUCCUUCUACUCGACCUUCCACGCCUGGUAUACCUUCUGUCGGUCAUGCGCUCAACGGCAUUUCCAUACCUGGAACACCGGUGUUGUCCUGUUUUACUCGGCCUUCUCAAUCCUCUACGCCUCCCGUCACCCGACCUUCCACACCUGGUACACCCAUGUUGUUCAACUCUACUCGACCUUCCACACCUGGCACACCCUCCGCAUGGCUUUAUUUCACUAGACCUACCACUCCUGCUACUCGCCCGACACAUCCAUCUCGAGAACCUACAUUCUCUUUCCCUUCCUCCGAAACUCAAUCAGGAUCAUUCCCACCAACAUACGACUCAUAUACGUCAACUUCCCACAUCUCAAAUUUCACACCACACAUCUCUGACCCCGAUUACUUACAAAUUCCAAUAUACGCCAAGGAACGUGAACGUGAAAAGGAAAAGGAGAAAGAAAAAGAGAAGCCAGAAAGAUCAUCAAGUUUUGCAUCUCUUGUCAAAGCGUUGAAAACUCGUCCGAGAUCCAACACCCAAGGUUCAACAUCUUCCGUUCGUUCACUCGCUUCCACCUUCGGCUUAUGGGAUUCCAAGCCCGAAGAGGAAGAAGAUAAUGAUAUCCCGGAAUUAUUGAAAGAUUGCGUGGAGAAUUCUCAAAGACGUGUAGAGGUGGUUUCUAGUUUGGAUCCUAGAGGAGAGUUACGGACUUUGUUAUGGACACGAAGCAGUUAUGUAAUGGGAUUAGGACGGUUGGACUUGACUGCUCAGUCUGAUCUAUUCGUCCUUGGUUCUUCAUUUCACUUCACACUUUCACUCCACUCCCUCUCUCCAUACGCAACUCUUCAUUCACUCCAAAUUUCGCUGAUCCAAACCACUCGUACACCUCACGCAGCUCAAACAGACACUUUCAUUCUCUCUCACACCGGUGUACCAUACUUUCUCCUAGACGGUCGACGUCCUCGCGGAGGAUCUCACGGUGAAUAUCUUUGGCGUGGACCUAAAUGUCCAACGAGAGAUUCGCAACCUAUUUUCCCAGGUCAUUUGAUAACUCCUACUUCGCUCGAGACUGGUAAAACCCUACGACUCCCUUCACCCGUUUUAGGUGCAAUACCAAGUUCACCUCAUCGUAUAUUACAUGAGGGACAAGCGAUAACGAAUCAUACAUUAAGAGUUGAGAUACAUUUUUCUUUAUUAGGAUUAUCGGCUUUGGAUACACCUUUACCACCUUGGUUAAAAUAUCCUUUACAAAAACCAGAAGGUGAAAUGAGAAGAAUGUGGGUCGAUCAUCCUGUUCAUCUAGGACAUUGUUUAUGUUCUUCUGAGAAUGUACAAGUUCCACCUUAUACAGAACGUGACUCGAGUUUAUCAACAUCACCUUCGAAGGGAAUCGUCAAUCUCAUUACCAAUCCCGUCAUAAACAAUGUCGAAACGUGGGAAUCGAGCUCUGUGGGCAAGAUGUCUUUGACGGGAGGUAAUGGUAGGAGAGAUUUAUCAGGGGUGGGAAAUGUAGCAACGUCAAGUGGGAAGAUUGUAAUCGGACAAUCGAAAGAAAUCGAAGAUCCUCAAAGUUGUAAAAUACCAAGACAUAGUAUACUUUAUACGCCACAUGAACGUUCAGGUAGAAGGGUAGGUUUACAUACUAGACAGAUGAUCAGGGAGAAGAUGGAAAGACAUAGGAAAGAAACGGAUGGUGAAUGUGUUUGUUUCUCAGUGGGGAAAGAGGAGGGGGAGGUCGUGGAAGAUGGUGGAGAAGGGGAAGGAAAGGUUGGAGAGUUGAGUCGAGUUGGGUGA